AUGAUGUUAUCGUGGCUGUGUCUCCUGACUGUGGGCCAUGUUUUGGGCUAUUUCGUGCCGUUGAGCCCGGAGGAAAUGGAAAUGGGAUACCAAUAUCAACUACCCGAAGAGCUCGAGUUUUUGGACGAAAACAUUCGACCGGUCGAACAACUCGAAGCCGAACAAGUGGAAGAUCGCGUUUUCGAAGAGGAAUUGCGAAUUCCUGGCGAAAAACCAACUUUUGUAAGUUUUUUUUUCGAUUUUUUAAAAGGAUUUUGAGGUUUCAAGUUUUCGUGGUGGGACCAAUAAACCUAAUUUAAAAUAUUUUUUACGGAAAGAUGGUUUUUUACAUCAUCUUGAUCUUAAAAACCCAUUUUUAGAUAAUAAACUGUUGAUUUUAUAAGAUAUUUUGAAGUUUCAGAUUUUCAUGGUGGGACCAAUAAAAAGAUAUUUUUUAAACCUUUUUAUAAAAAAUGGUUUUUUACAACAUCUCGUGUCUUAAAAGAACAGUGUUGCUCCAUAAUCUGUUAUUUUUAAAAGUGUUUUGAGUUUUCAUGUUUUCGUGGUGGGACCUUUUGAAUUUUUGUAUUUUUAAAUUUAAGGCUAUUUUUCCAAAACAAUUAAAUUUUUAAGACUGGGAAAUGAAAAAAAAUUUUCUUUUUACAAAAUGUCACUUUAUACCUUAAAAAACUCUAUUUUCUUUCAGAACGAUACCUAUUUAUGCUCAGCCUUCCGCCAAGAAACCCCAGGCUACGUUAUCAACUUCGAAGCGUUGGCCGACCAUCACAUGAUCCAUCACAUCAUCCUCUUCGGUUGUGAUGCUCCAGGAGUACAAGUACCAGUACCAGCAUGGAAUUGUGGGGAAAUGUCACCAGUCGCCGACCCCAGCUAUCUUCAAGCACCACCUUGUGCCAACAGUCCCAAUAUCAUCUAUGCUUGGGCCAAAGGUGCUCCAGAGCUGAAACUGCCCGAGGGUGUGGCAUUCCCAAUUGGACCUGAGACCAAGAAUCAGUACUUGGUACUACAGGUGCACUACAUGCACGCCAUGGAGAAGGAGGACAACUCUGGGUUGAAGAUCAAGCUCACUGACGUGCCACAACCGAAGACGGCUGCUACUUUGUUGACCGUGACUGGUGGUCAAUUGCCUCCAAAGGCUGAAGGUAAGGACAAAUAGGGAGGAUGGGUAAAGAUAUGAAGGUAGGGUAAAGAAAAGUAAGGCAAGGUACGGCAGGGUAGAGCAAGUUAGGGCAGAGUAGGGAAAAGUAGGUUAGGGUAGAGCAUGGUAGGGCACGACAGAGCACGGUAGGGUAAAGAAAGCAAGGAGGUCAGGGUUGAUUAAGGUAAGAUAUGAUAAGGUAGAGUAAGGUAGGGUAAGGUAAGGUAGGGUAGAGUAGGGUAGGGUAGGGUAGGAUAGGGUAGGGUAGGGUAGGGUAGGAUAGGGUAGGGUAGGGUAGAGUAGAGUAGGGUAGGGUAGGGUAGGGUAGGGUAGAGUAGGGUAGGGUAGGGUAGGGUAGGGUAGGGUAGGGUAGGGUAGGGUAGGGUAGGGUAGGGUAGGGUAGGGUAGGGUAGGGUAGGGUAGGGUAGGGUAGGUUAGGGUAGGGUAGGGUAGGGUAGGGUAGGGUAGGGUAGGGUAGGGUAGGGUAGGGUAGAGCAAUGUAAUGCCAUUACAUUACCAUUGUACAUAACUUCACUACAUCUAAAUCCUAACGUAUCUCUACUUUAAGAAACCUUCGAAGCCGCCUGUGUAAUGAACGAGCCAAUGGAGAUCCACCCAUUCGCUUUCCGAGUUCAUACCCACAAGCGUGGUACCAAAGUGGCCGGCUGGAUGGUGUCUGAGAACGAGAAAGGUCAAGACGAAUGGUUCUUGAUUGGUGAACGAGACCCUCAGAAGGAACAGUUGUUCGAGACUGUCAAGAACACCAGCAUGGUCAUCAGACCAGGAGACAUUGUCGCCAGCCGAUGCUACAUGAGCAACGAUGAGGACAGGUGAGGGUUUUUGAAGAUAUGAGGGUGGGGAUUGUUUAGGGCCGGUCUAGGGUAGGGUCAGGUAAGGGUAGGUAAGAUUACGGUAGGGUGGGAGUAAGGUGAUGGUUACCGCAGGCUAAGGUAGUUGCGGUAAGAUAAAAGUAAGGCAAGGUAUGGUAAAGUAGGGUAGGGGUAAGAUAAGGGUAGGUAUUGUUACGGUAGGGCAGGGGUAGGGCGGUGGUUACCUAAAGCUGAGGUAGAGUUAAGGUAAGGUUGCGGUAAGAUAAGGGUAGGGUAAAAUAAGGAAAGGUAAGGUACAGUAGGGUAUGGAUAAGAUAAGGCUAAGUAGGGUUACUUUAAGUCCGAGGUAAGGCUGAGUAUGACUAAAUAGGGUAAGGUUACGGUAAGAUAAAGCUAUGGUAGGAUAGGCUUUAUUAUUACCAAUUAACAUAAUGUUAGAUAGGAUUAUAGUAGUGCAGGGGCAGGGUCAGAGUUACUGUAGGACUGUAGCUGGUUACGGUAAGUUAAGUUAAGUCUACUACCUUUCCAGUAGACGUAAAGGCAUUAGUCUUGACUUAACGUAGGUAUGGCUAGUUUUAAUGUAGGGUAGGGAAGACCUUGGCUAGGGUGUUGGUAGCGUUACGGUAAUAUUAAGAAAUUCUCAGAUAAGUCUUAAAUUUUAUCAUUUUACAUUGAGUUACCCUUUAUCAACCAUACUCUUCCAGACUAAUAAGCAUGGGUCCAACCGGCGCCGACGAGAUGUGCAACUUCUACAUGAUGUAUUGGGUGGAGGGUGAUCAGACCUUGGCCGAGAACACCUGCUACAGUCCGGGCGCCCCCGACUACCGUUUCUCGCAGCAGACCGGCCUCACCAACAUCCCCAACUAA